UGUGCGUUCGUGUGGCUGGCGUACAUUGGGUUGUGUGUAUGUGUGUGAGUGUGCGUGUGUGAGUGUCUGAAUGCGAGCAAGUUGAUAUUAUUUUUAAUUUUCCCCCAACAUCUUUGAAUUAAGCCGUGGAAGUGGGCCGAGGCUGCGGUGAGUGAGUCGUCCUUCAAGACUUUUCACACACCGCAGCGCAGACUCUUAAUGAAACUCGAAAAAUAUCAAGUUUGCUGCGCACAGCCUCUGAAAACAAGCCACAUCUACGCAGUUUAACGAAUUUCGGUGAAUCAUGUUUUUUUGUGACACUAGCUGAGUUGGAGCUAAGAGUGUGCAGCCGCUCACGGUGUUGUUGUUUUUGUUUUUGUUUUUUUGUGCUUGACAUUUUGAAGUCAAGUGAUAAUCCCGUGUGCCCUCUUUUACAUGUGUGAGGUCGCUAAUGAAGUUGUAACCGUCACGUAAGACACAGUAGUAAAAAAAAAAAAAAAAAAAAAAACGUAAUUCAAGGGGAUAAGCCAUAAGCUACUCAGAAAGCAAAAAUGCUAAAGACGCUGACGAAGAAGCUAAGAAGACAUUCACUCAAUGAGAUUCAUCCUUUUCAACUGAAGAUUUCUUACCAUGGCAGUGGAGAGGGAGGGGAGAGUGAUGACUCAGAGGGGGAGAACCAGGAGCUUGCACAGAUUGACAGAGAGAGACGGAGAAAUUGUGCCCUCACCCCCUUGGCCACCAGCCAGCAGCACAACCAGGGUCCCCUCUCUCCAGCUCGGUUACGGCGCCUCCGCCUCCUUUUAGAUGCCAAUCUGGAUCGUCACUCUUCAGAGGAAGAGCUUGAGCGAAUCAGCUGCGGUGACAACAGGAAGUGGGUGUCUGCACUUCCCCAGCGCCACAGCGAUCACCACAGCAGCGCCUCCAGUGAUGAGGAGGUGCGGGACCUCUGUGGCUGUGGGUCACCGGCUGCCUCUGCCAGGCCACUGGUUGAGCCAGGCGCUUGCCUGGCCGCCUCCCCCAGUCCUGUGCUCUUCAGCUCCAGCCCACCACGUAGCCUAAAGCCACCGUCCAUGCGCUUUCAGCUGCAGGUGGUGCAGCCAGUGGCACGGCCCAUUAUUCUGACCCACUUUGAUCAGGCAGCACCUUACAGAAAGUAUCGGCACAGUUACGGUGGAGAGCCGGGGAGACCCAGUCUGGACCUGGAGAAAAUGCAACAGAAAAUGCUGCUGAAAAAGAACUGCGGAGGGAAAACGCGGACUAUAAAGAUUCGGAAUCUGACAGGAAGUCGUCCUCCGCCCAGGUACACUUACGAUCCCUCCAUUUUCGCCUUCCGCUCCUUGAGCACAGUGCCCCCCUGCAGUCCGCUGACCUCGUGCGAGGAUCCUCCCUGUUCAUAAGGAAAUUCGUCCACUGUCAGAUAAUGCCGCCCCCCCCCCCCCCUCUUCAUUCCCAGACAGCUGCUUUUGUGUGGCUUCUACAGCACGACCAAGGAAUGACUGUUAUGAAACUGACCGCUAGAAAGACAUUUGUUUGAUGGUCGGACUAUUGCACACUCAGGUAAUCCCACCCUGUAAAGCUGUCGCUUUGAUCAUUGUUCUCCAUGUGAAAUCAGCAGGAACCUUUGGAGAAUAAAACGGCCUACACCACAACAUUUCUAAGGAUUCUUCAGGUAUUGCAAACGUAUAGCUGUUUCUAAAAAGAAAUCCAGUGAUUGGAGGAGGAAUGAUCAAGAAUCAAAAUGCGGACUGUGGACCAGAGGUGGUACAAAGGGACAAAGGCCAACCAAUACGAAACUUGACUUUAGUUUUGGGUUGGAUCAGUUUCAAGGGAAAUAAUGUGCAUGUAAGACAAUCAAAUGGUUCCAAGGUUUCUUCCUUUGACGUGAUUACCAGACAUCUUAUAUACUAAACAUGGCGAGGUGAGUCAUCUGAUAUCUUGUUAUUGUUGAGAUGAACAUAGACAGUGGUCACAUUUGUCUGUCUGAAAAACUACUUUGUUGGAUGUGUUAUUGAAUAUGCAGGUCAUGACGAGCUAUAACAAACAUGUAUGACUGUAGUUGAAUAGUAGACCUUUGAUGAUGUACGUUUCUUAAUGACUUUGUCACUUUUAGUCCAGGUCAGAGUUCAGUUGUAUCCUCUUUCCUUGCAUGAAUUCCACUGUUUUGCAGAAAGAGAGGUAUAUAUGGAAAUAAGGAAGUAUGAGAAUAGUUUGCUGCACAUUUGGCAAGUGUAAUUGGUGCUGUGUUAUGCAUAGCCUACUUGUAGUGUGCCAUUCCCCGCCCCCCCCCCCCCCCCUCCCAAUAUUUUACCUCAUUACUUUCUAGGUAGAAGAGGACCACUGGUACAUCUAAGACAGCCCAGUGUUUUCUAAAGAUCUCUUAAUGCCUUGAAAUCACAUUCCUGUUGUAUCGAAUGAAACUUGAGGUAGUUCUCAGCUCUUGAACUGAACUGAUUAAUCGAUUAAACACAAUGUCACCACUGUAACUAAAAAUUUCGCCGAAGUGAAUGUAACAUUGUGACAUGUUUUCGUCCAUUGUUGCACAAAAUGAAUCAAUAAAUGCCCUGUGGC